GGGCUUGGUGGCUCAUUACAGCACCUCUGCUCACCUGUGUGAAUCCUUUCCAGACCCAGGUCUCCUGAGCACCCAACUAUGUCUGAGGACACACACAGUUCCACGGCAGUGUCCAUGCACCACCAUGGGUGCACCCUGAAAAGCGCCCUCGAAGGGAUCGUGAACCUCUACCACCAGUACAGCGCCAGGGAGGGCAAGGAUGACUUCCUCAGUCAGAAGGACCUGAGCGAGUUCCUGAAGUGCCAGGCACCCACCUUCCUGGCAGCCUGCGAUCGGGACAGACCUGGGUACAUCAAAAUGCUCUUCAAAGACACUGACAUGAAUAAUGACAGAAAGCUGAGCUUUGAGGAGUUCACGAAGAUCUUGGCCAAACUGGCCUAUGACACCCACUGCAUCCACCAUGGAUUAGACCGGUGCCGCCAUGGGAAAGACUAAAGCCCUGAGUGCAGACUCAGGCUGGAGGAGACCCUGGACCAGAUGACUCUGCCCCCGCUGCAGAAAUCUCCCAUGCCCAGAAGCCCCCAUGCCUGUCUGCCCACAGGGGCCUGAUGUGAGACAAUAAAGCUGCUGUUGAAACCC